GUGGCGCCGUUGAGCAGAGCAGCCACCUGUGACGUAGAAACGCUACUAGUAACCACCGAGAGAAGAAGAACAACAAAAGCAGCCACAUAUCUUCAGGGCAGUUACACAUCACCUUCUACCUCUGUGUUUAUAUUUGCUUUAAUUUAGAAAAAUGUAACUGGAACCAAAGAAGGUUUUACGGCCUGUAGGCUUGUGUGGAGUAUCAGCUUGUCAGAAGCAACGCUGUUAUUGUUUUCAGACUUGUUUUCGUUUGUGAAUUCGGCAGCUAAGCUAGCUCUGAGGUUAACGUUAGCUCCUCUUCAACUGGCUCGUCAACGUCUGACAGAUUGUCUGACCUGAGAUAAUCAGCUGCUGUUUACCGUCCAAAUUAACCUGACACCUCUCCCUCAGCUUGCCCGGUGCUAAUCAUCAGCGUAGCGAUGGGAAGUCUGGGCAGCAGGUUCCAGUCCCCCUCUCAGGGAAGUGAGGAGGCUACAGAGGGCACAAGUACAAGCCGCAAGCAUGGAUGUGAGUGUAAGAAGAGGAAACGAAAUGCCCAAUGUGACUGUGACAGUGAACAAGAGGAGGACGAUGCCAUACUAGAUACACCUCGCAGGAAGAAAUUAAAAAGCACAUCGCGAUACAUUUAUCAGACUUUGUUCCUGAAUGGGGAAAACAGUGACAUUCGCAUCUGUGCUCUGGGACAGGAGUGGAACCUCCACAAGGUGUACCUGUGCCAGUCAGGGUAUUUCUCCAGCAUGUUCAGCGGCUCUUGGAAGGAGUCCAACAUGAUGGAAAUCAACUUGGAGAUCCCAGACCAGAACAUCGACACUGAAGCUUUACAAGUCGUAUUUGGAUCCCUGUACCGGGAUGAUGUUCUGAUCAAGCCCAGCAGAGUCGUCAGUAUUCUUGCCGCUGCUUGUAUGCUACAGCUGGAUGGUUUGAUCCAGCAGUGUGGCGAGACCAUGAAGGAAAACAUCAAUGCAAAGACCGUGUGUGGCUACUAUGCUUGUGCCAGUAUCUAUGGCUUGGAUUCAGUCAUGAAAAAGUGUCUUGAGUGGCUUCUGAACAACCUGAUGACCCACCAAAAUGUCGACCUGAUGAAAGAACUUGGGGCAGAGGUGAUGAAACAGCUCAUCCAGUCCUCAGACCUGUUUGUCAUGCAGGUGGAGAUGGAUGUAUACACUGCUCUGAAAAAGUGGAUGUUUCUGCAGCUCAAUCCAUCGUGGGACGGCCCAAUGAAGCAGCUUCUGGCUGACGCUGAUGCCUGGCUUUGCAAACGCAGGACAGACCUGUGUGAGAAAGAGCCCUUCUUGAACACAGAGGAGGGCGCACCUUUUUGUUCAGUGUUCAAAUACGUUCGUCUGCAGUAUAUCAUCAAUGAUCUGGCAUCUGCACGCAUCCUGGAGAGAGACAAUAUUUUGCCCCCUGAUUGGUUAACGUCUGUGUACAAAAACCAGUGGUUCGCUAUGCUCCGGACAGAAUUUGACAAUGAUAAUGGUCCCCAUGAAGCUAACAAAGAGGAGUUCGAGCUGAGCAGUAUGAGGUGUGGCAGGAAACUGACUAAAGAUGGAGAUUACUGCUGGCGAUGGACAGGCUUUAACUUUGGUUUUGACCUGCUGGUGACCUACACAAACCGUUUCAUAGUCUUCAAAAGAAAUACUCUGAGUCAGCCAUGUGGGGGCGCUGUGAGUCUGCAACCUCGAAGGCAUCUGGCAUACAGGUUACGUCUCGCCUCCUUUGAUAGCCGUGGGAAGCUGGUCUGCAGUCGCUCAACAUGUUACCAGCUUCUCACCCUUGAGAAAGACCAGGAAUAUGUGGUGAUGAACCUGGACAGCCGGUUAUUAUCAUUCCCGCUCUACGUUUGCUGUAACUUCCUGUAUACAUCGCCUCAUUCGGACCACCAUCCAGAUUCCUCAGAACAAGAAAGCGCUGCUCACAGCGUGUCGUGAUGCCUGUUCAGAAGCCAUUAACAGCUAAGAUUCCUCUGGUAAUGUUGAGACACUGACACAAGCUUGUAUGUACAAUCCACAGCCACAUUUAUCACUUUGACAUUGGACAUACCAUCUGCAUGCUAUGUAACUCAGUGAGGUGUUUAGGGAAAAUGUUUUGCAUCUAUGUAUUCAGUGUUUUGGCACAUUCAGAGUUGGCUACAAAUACAUUACAGUGGCCAGGAGGGAUUAGGCCACCCUUUGCUUCAGAGCAGCUUCAAACCGUGGACCUCUGCCAUGAACUGUCUGCACUGUGAUGUUGGACCAUUUCUCAAGAUGGAGUCUUUGGAGACAGUGGAAAUCUGCUUUGGACUGUGCACCUUAAAUAGUGGCUACAUGAUGUUUAGAUCUGGUGAUUGUGAAGACCAUGGAGGGGUUUGACUUUACACUUAAGUUAAUGAAACCACUUGAAUUGGUUUAUCGGUGUGUAUGGGGCCAUCAUCACCCUGAAAUAUGGGAACAUCAUGAGGGAGCAGCACCAGAGGGUGAAAUUGUAUCUCUACUGACUUGAAUGGGAAGUUUCAAGUCUGUUGCUCGUUCUGAACAUAUGUAAAUUGACUGGGAUGUGGUCAGAGGUGUGGCCCUUCGCUCCACUGAUGGGUGCGCUUGAAAACUCAGCCAGCACAGUGCCAUUUUGAGAGGGGUGGACAUGUUUUCCACUCCAUUUCUAAUCAGCACACAAAGCGGCAACUGUCAUUUGUACUGACUUGAAUCUACGGCUCCAUGCAGCAAGCAAACAAAAUACCACGUAUACCAACAGUGUUGUAAACAAUCUAGACUAAAAAACAUUUCACAUGGCUUGUUGUGACUGAAUCCACAUGGAAAAGGUACUGUACAAUCUUUGCCAACACAAAGACUAAAUUAAAGUCUGACACAGCAUCUCUAGCACCUGCUGCUGUUUGAUUAUCAGCUGAUAGAGAUUCAACAUCAUACCUGCUGCCUCAUACCACCUGCACUCCAUUUAAGUGGCUUUUCCUGCCCUUGCCACAAUGUGAAAAGUGGCUGGAGCGCAGCUGAUGACUACACUUAACAGACAUCAGUUUUUAGUUGUGAAAAAUGAACUGAUAUAUCCAGUAAAAGCAGGAUUUUCAGCCUGUGUUUUUAUCACUCUUAAACCCUAAGUCCAUCUCACUCUUACUCGAGGCUUUCGGCCUGGAAAGUCCAACACCUCUUCAGUAAACUGGAGAAAUCCCAGAUUAUACCCAGCAGAAGUGUCCCUUGGACUUUGUAACAUUUCAUGCAAAAUUCUAUUUAUAAUACCUGAUAUGAGCAAAAAUAUCAAAUUCAAAUGAUACAAGUAAACUAGCGAAGCCCAAGUAACCAUGCUGUUACAUACCUCUAAGUGAACCUGCAUCGUGAGGUCAAAAAUCCAGAUUUAACCCAAUAAUCUUUCUUCAUGUUUACAGUUGGACAUCCAAUCAUUGAAACCAGCUUUCUGAUGUUCACAGCAUAAUGUUGAAACUCAUAGAAAUGUUGAUACUCUUCAGAUUUUGAGACUUUCUGCAGUGUUUACCAGCUACACUGUCAAAUGUCCAUUUACUGAGUCCACUGCUCCUCUUUUGCAGUGCAGCAUGUCCCUGUUUGACACAUUUAUGCAGGACAUUUAGACUGCUCCCAUCACCACAUUAAGUACCUUUUGCAGUUAUGUUGUUGUAAAUAUUUGUACUAUUAAUUAGGUGACUAUUUGUUUGACAAUUUUGGAAAUCUGUUGUUACCUCAUGCUGUUUUGAAAACAAGUAAAUUUUUCAGAUUUUCAGCAGACGUACUGCUAACUCAUUCUAGUCAGUAUGAUUCACCUGUAUAGCUGCAACUGUAACUGUCAUUAAGUACAAAGUUAAAGGUGUUUUUGUUUGGCAUUUAUUUAUUUUUACUUACUUUGUAUUUGUAUGGAUUUAUUUUUGCAAAAGAAAAUAUGUAUACAAUUCUCGACGGCCAAUAAAACUGCCCAUUCGUGUGGGCUGUGGUGCUAUCACAUGA